UUAAUACCGCCGGUGCCCUUGAUCGCUGUUCCUGACCUGCUCCCCCUCUUCACGCUCUGCGCGGUCGAGUGUGCGAUACUCUACGCCCAACUCGCUUCUGGUCCUGCUCCAGCGUAAGCAGUAUCGUGACCAUGCUGCGCAUCGACAUAAGCAUGAGCUGCCGAGCGGUCGUGAAGACCGCUUUGGCUGGCUUACUGCUUGCGGAUCACUCUUGGGCGGCACCUCGCGUCCCUCAGAGCGACCCGUUCAAGGUGCUCGACCCGCAGAACUGGGUCAACCCGGACAACAUGACCUGGGCCGACUACAGGAGUCCGCCGGGCACGUCAUGGUCCGACCCGACCCGCAAGGGCUCCGUGAGGAACUUCAACAUCGCGCUCGUAGCCGUCGACUACCCAGACCAGCCCUUCGUCAUCACUCAGCCGGCUGGGUCGAGCGUGUUCUCCAACCCCCAGCCGAGCAAGUCGGAGCUCGACCGUGCGGACGUACCGGCCUUCUACCGCGACUUUCUCAACUUCCCCAGCGACCUCAACCAUAACCGCACGCUGCACGAGUACUGGAUGGAGGACUCGGGUGGUCGCUUCGGUGUCGAUCUAACCGCCUUCGGUGCCUACCGACUCCCCAGCAAGUCGUACCAGUACGGUAUCGACGACAGGCCUGGCGGGUUCAACGAGGGGGCGUGUCCAUCCGAGGGACCCUGCUCGGUCGACCUCAGGACCGACGCGCUGGGAGCCUGGCGCGCCGACGUCGGCAACGAGACGGCGGACGCGUUCGAGCUAGUGUUCAUCCUAUCGGCGGGCCAGGACGAGUCGUCGACGUGGCAGGAGUUCGGCGAGAUGAAGUUCCUGCGGCCGGAGGACGUCCCCGACGAGUUCGGCCCGCCGGACGACGCGCUGCCGAACUACGCGAACACGCGGUACGUCGACUGGACGUCGUGGGCGGCGGCGUCGGUGAUCUGGCCCAACGCGGGCGGCGGCUCGUCGACGCAGGCCGAGAGCUCCGGCAUGGCCACGUACGCGCACGAGCUGUCCCACCUGCUCGGCAUCGGCGACAACUACAACAACCCGUACGGCAGCCCGCCGCGCCGCGCCUACACGGGCCCCUGGUCGAUGCUGUCGCGCGGCAGCUUCAACGGGCCCGGCGGCCCGCACACGCGGUGGGAGAUCCCCUCGACGCAGGGCGGCGCGCUCGGCUCGCUGCACACGAUGGGCGAUAAGAUGCGCAUCGGGCUCGUGGCGAACUCGAGCGUGCUGUUCGUGUCGCGCGACGCGCUCGCCGCGUCGGGCCCCGUCGUCGCCGAGAUCACGGCGCGCUGCGUGGACCCGGGCCCGGGCGAGCUGAUGGGCGUGCACGUGGUCCUGGGGCAGGACCUGUCGCCGGGCUGCGACACGAGCGCGGACGCGUUCUGCGACGGCGGCGGGUACAACAACUACGACCUGGAGGUGGUCGACCGCAUGGGCGCGGACUCGUUCCAGCCGGACGCGGGCGUGAUGAUCAGCAAGACCAAGGACGUGGACCGCGCGCCGUUCCAGUGGACCGUCGACGCGAACCCGCAGGACAUCGGCGCCGUCGACUUCUACCGGCCGGACGGCUCCGCGGCCCCGCUCACCGUCGGCGACUACCGCCAGCUCGCCGACGCGCUCUUCCACGCCGGCACCCGCUCCGGCAGCCGGUUCGAGCACGUCGACGCCGCCAACCGCCUGCACUUCUACGUCGUCGACGUCCGCCGCGACGCCGCCGGCGUCCUGCGCUACACCGUCGGCGUGCGCUCGCUCGACGGCGCGAGCGGCGCCGGCGGCAAGACGCGCGGCGUCGAGCUCAGCGCCGGAAAGGUCGCCGAGGGCCCGCGUGCCGGCGCCGCGUCCGGCCGGGGCGUGACGUGCGCGUUCCGGCUGGCGAACCCGGCCGUGGCAGCAGCAGCGGCAGCAGCGAGCGCAGAGGAGGACUCGGCGCCGGCGCACCCGCAGGACCUAACGGCGUACCUAAACUCGGACAUCUACCGGCUGGAGGCGACGGUGGAGGGCGCGGGGUGGCGCGUGGCGCUGCCGAACGCGCUGGCGGCGGUGGAGAUCGGCAAGUGGAAGACGGUCAACGUGGCGGUGGGCGCGGCGGCAGAGGGCGCGGCGGCGACGACGGGGGUGGUGACGCUGACGGCGACGUCGGAGUCGGACCCGAGUAUUUCCGCCACGGCGCAGUGCCGCGUGCGGAGGUAAGCGAGGCGGCGGGACGGCGGCGGUGGUGGCGGGGCCGGGCUACGUGGGUAAUAUUAAUAAAUAGCACUAGCGCGCCUCGCACCGGAUCGGCGGAUCCAAUGUCGGCCUGUCUACCGAACUGCUACUCCCACUGAUUCGGACUCUUUGCUAAAUGCCCCUCGUAGGUCCGGGAUUGGUAGUAUUACUUGCCGCUGUGAAGUGGGAGUCUCGAUACACCCUGUCGAUGUUGUAUUCGUCUUUCUAUAUCUCCUCCUUGGCCUAACACCUGUGGCUUGCCGGCUGAUAUUAACCACUGAGACGGGUAAUUACUU